CCGGAAGCCGCGCACCCGCUGCGGUCUACGCGUCGGGAGCGGGCUGAUGCGGGAGAGCGCACUGGGUGCGAGAGCGCUCCCUCCUCACCACCUGAAGCAGGACCGACAUGGGCGCCUCCGACUCGAAGCUCAACUUCAGGAAAGCGGUGAUACAGCUCACGACCAAAACGCAGCCCGUUGAGGCCACUGAUGACGCCUUCUGGGACCAGUUCUGGGCCGACACCGCCACCUCGGUACAGGAUGUGUUCGCGCUAGUCCCGGCUGCCGAGAUCCGAGCGGUCCGCGAGGAAUCGCCCUCAAACCUUGCCACCCUCUGCUAUAAGGCGGUAGAGAAGCUGGUCCAGGCGGCAGACUCCGGCUGUUCCUCGGAGAAGGAGAAGCAGAUCGCUCUGAACUGCGCCCGCCUCCUCACCCGCAUCCUGCCCUACAUCUUCGAGGACCCAGACUGGAGGGGCUUCUUCUGGUCCACGGUGCCUGGCGCUGGCCAGGGCAUGGCUGACGAUGGGGAGGAUGAUGGCGCCCGCCCCCUGGCCGAAUCCCUCCUCCUGGCCAUCGCUGAUCUCCUCUUCUGCCCUGACUUCACCGUGCAGAGCCACAGGAAGGGGGGUCCUGACACUGUUGAGGACAUCCACUCCAUUGACAGCUGUGAGUACAUCUGGGAGGCGGGGGUGGGGUUCGCGCAGUCCCCCCCACUCAACUACACCCACGACCUCAACAGGACAGAGCUGUUGAAGCUGCUGCUGACCUGUUUCUCCGAGGCCAUGUACCUGCCUCCCUCCUCCUCAGACAGCAGCGUCCUCAAUCCCUGGGUGACCUUCUUCUGCUCCUCCGAGAACAGGCACACCCUGCCCCUCUUCACCUCCCUGCUGAACGUGGUGUGCGCCUACGACCCCGUGGGCUACGGCAUCCCCUACAACCACCUGCUCUUCUCUGACUACCGCGAGCAGCUGGUGGAGCACGCCGUCCAGAUCCUCAUCGUCACCCUGGAGCACGAGGGCCCCGCCCCCGACCCCUCCUCCUCCCCCUCCAGCAUGGACGAGCAGGAAGCCAUGGGACCAGAUAACCUCUUUGUGAAUUACUUGUCCAGAAUCCAUCGGGAUGAGGACUAUGACUUUGUCCUGAAGGGGCUGGCCCGUCUCUUGAUCAACCCCCUGACCCAGACCUACCUGCCCAACUCCACCAAAAAGAUCCAGUUCCACCAGGAGCUGCUGGUGCUCUUCUGGAAGCUGUGUGACUUCAACAAGAAAUUCCUCUUCUUCGUGCUGAAGAUCAGCGACGUUCUGGACAUCCUGGUUCCCAUCCUCUUCUACCUGAACGACGCGCGUGCGGAUCAGUCCCGCGUCGGCCUCAUGCACAUCGGGGUGUUCAUCCUACUGUUGCUGAGUGGGGAGCGUAAUUUCGGGGUGCGUCUGAAUAAGCCGUACUCCCUGCACGUGCCCAUGGACAUCCCCGUCUUCACCGGGACCCACGCUGACCUGCUCAUCGUGGUCUUUCACAAGAUCAUCACCAGCGGACACCAGCGUCUGCAGCCCCUCUUUGACUGCCUGCUCACCAUUAUCGUGAACGUAUCGCCCUACCUGAAGAGCCUCUCCAUGGUGGCGGCCAACAAGCUGCUGCAUCUCCUGGAGGCCUUCUCCACCACCUGGUUCCUGUUCUCCUCCUCGCAGAACCACCACCUGGUCUUCUUCCUGCUGGAGGUCUUCAACAACAUCAUCCAGUACCAGUUUGAUGGCAACUAUAACCUGGUGUAUGCCAUCAUCCGCAAGCGCAACAUCUUCCACCAGCUGGCCAACCUGCCGUCUGACCCCGUCUCCAUUCAGAAGGCCCUGCAGAGGAAGAGGAAGUCUCCGGACGCCAUCUCCCGGACCGCCUCACAGGAGACGGUUUCCAUGGAGGGCUCCCGCCCCGCCAUCCCUGCCGAGCCCGGCACGCUGAAGACCAGCCUCGCCGCCACUCCAGGUAUAGACAAGCUGACAGAGAAGUCUCAGGUGUCAGAGGACGGGACGAUGGUCUCAGUCCCACAGACCGAGUCCCCUCAGACCCCCCCGUCAGACCACAGUGGAACUGCGGGUGCCAGCGACACCGAGUCCAAUUCGGGAAGAGACAAUGAGGAUGUUUUCUACACCGAGUCGGAGAUGGAGCGGAGGCGCUUGUCUAGUGUAUCUUCGGCUACAAGCUGGACCCCUACCCCAGACUGGGUGCUUUCCUGGAAGAAUAAGCUUCCUCUCCAGACCAUUAUGCGUCUGCUGCAGGUGCUGGUUCCCCAGGUGGAGAAGAUCUGCAUCGACAAAGGCCUGACGGACGAGUCAGAGAUCCUGAAGUUCCUCCAGCACGGGACACUGGUGGGCCUCCUUCCCGUCCCGCACCCCAUCCUGAUCCGGAAGUACCAGGCCAACGCCGGCACCGCCACCUGGUUCCGCACAUACAUGUGGGGCGUGGUCUACCUGCGCAACGUGGACCCUCCGAUCUGGUACGACACCGACGUCCGCCUCUUCGAGAUCCAGAGGGUGUAGAGAGGGGCGGAGCUGAAAAGGGUGACUGACAGGUGGAAGAGACGGGACAUAUCUGCACCCUAAUACCCCCUCCCCUCCCUUUCUCUGCCCCCGCCCCUACAAGCCCUCCACCCAUACCAUCACCAAACCCCGGUCUUUCCACUGAUGAGGAGGAGGAGGAGGGAGGAAGACCAUUGCGUAACAGCA